AAGUUUGUGCCUUUUAAAACAGUGAUUAAGUUGCUCUUACCUCUAAAAAGGAAAAAGAAAAAGAAAGCAGAGGCCCCUCCGCCCACACCCAGGAGUUCUAACUUGUUUUGGAGAGCAGAAAUGAGGUCAAUAUGUUACUCAACUUGUCCAUGAGUCAUGCUCGGGCGAAAGUCUCUACUCCUGGAAUCUCAGGUGUCAAAGUUUGGAUUUCAUAUAGUGCCUGAAAGAAGGGCUAUAUCCAAAAUGUAUGAAAAUAUAGUAAGUAGCCGUUUGGCCAUAGAUUCCAAAUAUUUUUCACUUUAUUAGGAAUUUAUGAAGUUGGAGUUCUAUUUGAUUGUACUUUUUGCAAAGAAGAGAAAGGAGCACCUUAUUUGGAAUUUAUGAAGAUGCAAUUGGAAAACAGUUUUGCAGCACUUCUCCAUAUUAGGCUGCUUUAUAUUCCUGGAGCAGUAAUAGCUGGGGCAUUAGGAGUGUUAGUAGACACGGUGAUGAUCAUAGUAAUUGCGACUUGCAAAUUCCCUUACAUGCUUUUUAAGGGGUGGAGUCGUUUGUUUCACGACUGUAUCGGUGGACAAGGCCCCUUUUUAGAGACAAUCUGUGUGCCAUUUGCUGGUCUUGCUAUCUUACUCUGGCCAUUGGCUGUUGUUGGGGCACUCCUUGGCUCAAUGUUAUCAAGUAUCUUCCUUGGUGCUUAUGCAGGAGUUAUCGUGUAUCAGGAAGAAUCGUUUUGGUUGGGACUUUGCUAUAUUGUUGCUUCCUUGUCCAUAUAUGACGAAUAUAGCAAUGAUGUUCUUGACAUGCCAGAAGGGUCCUGCUUUCCUAGGCCACAGUACCGAAAGAAGACUAUGUCAAGGGCCAGCUCUCGUUCAGCUUCUCUUUCCAGGCCAAACUCUUCCAGGAAAAGUACAAACUCCAUCAGCGCUCCUAUGCUCGAGUUGAAGCCCCUCGAGCUUGCUGAUGGCUUCUUCGAGGACUGUCGUAAUUAUGGGGAAAUCAUGGUAUCAAAAGAUGUAAUUACACUAAAAGACAUUGAAGAUGCAAAGUCUAAUAAAGAUUGUGGUCAGGUCAUUACCAUUGGUUUACCUGCCUAUUGCAUCCUUCAGACCCUUAUACGAUCUGCCCAAGCAAACAGUACAGGUCUUUUGCUAACUGACAAUGUUACCGAAAUAACUAGUACAAACAGGCCCGCAGAUGCCUUCUACGAAUGGUUUCUCAAUCCGGUCUUGAUCAUCAAAGACCAGAUUAGAGCUGAAAAUCUUUCUGAAAGUGAAGAGGAAUACAUUGGCAAAUUGGUUCUGUUAAGUGGUGAUCCUGAGAGGUUGAAGAACUCAAAUAUCGGAUCACCACCAGAAUCUGAUCUGAGGCGAGCGGAGUUUGAUGCAUUAGCUCGAAGGCUUCGAGGCAUCACCAAAUCGAUAUCUAGGUAUCCAACAUUUAGGCGCCGUUUUGAUGGUAGCAUCAGGAUUAUUUUAGAAGAACUGGCCAAGAAGAAUGGUCAUAGCAGAAAAUCGGAAGAUUUAGAACCUCUCAACCUUUCCAGGUCAAAAAGCAUGUUUGCUCGUGUGUUUGGCCAGAAAUCUGUCAGGACCAGAACAAACAAGAAUGAAUUUGAUCAAGUGGCUUAGCCAGUAGCUAUUUAGUUACAUUUACCAUAAAUUAUAUAUCGCCUCAGUUUCAUUAUUAUUUCCUUGUUAUCUUGAUGGGAUUUGAUUGAAAAUAUCAGUUAUGAAUAGAAAAGGAUGUUUUUUCU